AAUGAUGAGCGUGAAGGCAAAAAGUGUCCGGACAAACAUCAAAAGGAGUUGCUGUAAUAAAGCCUACAGGUUCUUGAUAAGCAUCACUGUUUCUGGGAGCGCCGGACCGAUUAGGUUUGUCGUCCAUGGCGACGAUACUUCUAGAAGAGUGAUCGAGAUGGCUCUCAAAAUUUAUUCGCGUGAGGAGAGGCUCCCGGUUCUCGACUCCAAUAAUUUCGACAGCUUCUUUCUCUACCCGGCCACCGCGGCAUUCGACGGUAUUGCAUUGGAGCCAUGGGAGACGAUAGGAUCUUGCUCCGAAUGCCGGAACUUUGUGCUUUACCAGAAGCCGGAGAUGAGGAUGUCGGGAGGCCGGGGAAAAUCAAAUCCAUGGCGAUCAUGGCUGAAGAAAUCCUUUAGCCCCAAGAUCAUACCAAGGCUACUUAAUUCAUUUCAAAAAGUAUAAAUGCAUGAAGGGUAUAUAUAUAUAUAUAUUAUAGAACUAUUCGAAAAUUUGUACAAUUUCACAAUGGUUUUUUUUUUCACCCACACACUCACGUACCAUAAGGAAUGCCGAGAGAGUGCUCAACCACUUGAACUAUAAUCCGUAAGCCUUAGCCAUGAUUAGUUUUGAGCAAAGAGGAAUGUCAUUUUCCAUUUCUUUGGUGGAUGCAAAGGACUGUUCUUAAUUAAGAUCCAAUCAAUUGAGGCUACUUAUAGGGUUGGCCCUCAUCAAUCAAUUUCUUGUUUACUUUGUUUUGGGAUCAAGUGGCCAUCCAUUUGUGUUAUAUACACACAUAAAUAUAUAU